AUGACCAACGAAACCGCCCCUCUCAAGGUCACCAUUGUCGGUGCCGGCCUCGGUGGCCUCGCUGCCGGCCUCGCCCUCCGCCCAUUCUGUGAGGUGACCAUCCUCGAGUCCACCGCCUUCCUCGGCGAGAUCGGUGCCGCAGUCCACCUCGGCCCCAACGCACACCGCAUCCUCAAGAAGUACGGUGCCGACCUCAUCGGUCACGGUGCCGUGCCUUGCAGGUCGUUCCAGGAGUGGCGUGCUAGGGAUGACAAGCUCAUGAUGGCCUUCGAGCACGACCCUCUGGCCCAAGUCGGCAUCGAGUGGGCCCUCUGCCACCGUGCCGACCUUCAGCAGGAGUUGUACGACCUGGCCAUCAGCACCACUGGUGAGGGUAUUCCCUGCAAGAUUAUCUUCAACACCUCCGUGGUCUCAUGUGACGCCGACAACGCUACUGUCACCACCGCCGACGGAACGGUUUACCAGUCCGACGUGGUUGUUGGUGCCGAUGGCAUCAAGUCGGCUGUCCGCCCCAGCGUCAUCGGCGACACCCAUUUCCGUGCCGUCCCCUCAGGUCACUCGGCGUACCGUGGUCUCCUCAAGGCCGAGCACAUCAACGCCAACCCUGAGCUCAAGGAGAUGGGUCUUCUCAACGGUCGUCUGUUGAUCGUUGACGGCGGUGACCACCGUCUCGUGUGCUACCCUACCCGCAACCAGACUCUGCUCAACUACGUUGCCAUCCUCCCCGACACUGGUCUCCACGAGCUUUCGGAGGAGAAGUGGAGCGCCCGCGGUGACGUUGCUUCUCUUGUCAAGUCGUUCUCGAAGUUCCCCCAGCGCUUCCAGGACCUCCUUUCCCUCACCGAGACCUGUGGUCUCUGGCAGCUCCGUGACCAGGACCCCCUCGACAAGUGGGUCAAGGGCCGCACCAUCAUCAUCGGCGACGCCGCCCACGCCAUGCUUCCCCACCAGGGCCAGGGUGCCUCCCAGGCCAUCGAGGACGGCGAGGCGCUCUCGGCGUUCCUGCGUGGCGUCUCGGCCGCCGACGUCCCCAAGGCCCUCGACCACGUCUUCAACGUCCGUUACCGCCGCGCAACCUAUGCCCAGGAGAUCUCCAGGGGUGCCGGUCUCGGUGAGAUGAGGAAGAAGUAUGUCGCCAAGCUCGGCCAGCCCGAGGAGGACAUGGACGCACCACUCAACCCCAGCCAGCACCAGAAGUUUGUGUGGGGCUACUUUGGUGCCGCCGAAUGGGAGAAGACCAAGCCCGACUGGGUCAUCACCGAGUAA